AGCCGCAGUCGCCGUCGACGUCGGCGGAGCAUCUUCAUCCGCAUCUGAACCCAACUCCCUUGUACACUUGAGUUACCGCUUCACUUCGGUUCCAAACGUCUCCGCAUCCACUUCUCACUACCUUCAUGUGCUGCUGCUGCUGCAUGCAAAUUGCAACUUGUUUCGCUCGCACAAUUAAUAUUUGUUUACCGUUUACCGUUCGGUUUGCAUAGCAUGCGUGUGUGUUUGUGCGGGAGCGGCUGAGCUGUGUUGGUGUGUGUGAGCCGGCUUAAUGAUAAUUGAAAGCCAGAAAAUAGACAAUGUACACAGACUAGUGGAUACCCUUCAGUGUCAGAAACCAUGUUGCAUGCUACAAGGAUUACUUAGAACCAUUUACGGACCGAAUCCGUGUACACUAUGCCAGUUCACUAGAUAAUCCGCUUCAUGUGCUCCUCCAGCUGGCAAACGAAGAUUGUCGGGCAAUCCCAGUUGUCGGCAGUAAGACCCAUGUGAAAUGCCUUAUGAAAAAUUCAACAAAAAGCGCCGACAAUGGGAGGAUAGUGGUGUUCUAGAGCUGAUCAAACUAUGGAAAGUCUGCGCCUAUGAGCUGCGCACCAUUAAACGCAAUGGCCAUCUUUAUGUGGCAAUGGCCAAGCAGCUAACCUCGCUGGGCGUCCCUGUAACUGCACUCGAGGUUCACUUCAAAGUCAACAAUCUUACGCAGCGCUACCGACAGGAGCAGAAGACCUUCGAGACCACUGGCAUCAUCAGCACCUGGAAGUUCUACAGUCAAGUGGAUGAUGUGUUUAAGAGUCUGGCCGCACACACCGGUUACAAAGACAAACGCAUGACAAGUUCGUCCAAUACGAGCAGUUUACCAUCUACAUCCGAGUCACCAGUUUGGAAAAAUCCAAUGUCUCAGCAAGAGUUUAAUAGUAACAACACGGAGGGGUUCUAUAAGACCGAGUACGGCAUGCACCGGCACUUUAUGGACCACUCCCAGCCACCACCCAAUGCCGGCAGCGUGGACAACUUCAUGGCCUCCUCGGCGGCCGUGGCGGCGGUGGCUGCCGCUGCCUCGGCCCGCCUGGCGGAUAACAACAUGGAUCAGCAAAUGAACACGGCUGCCGGGGGAAGCGGUGGCAGUGGUGGUGGUGGGGGCAACACCAAUGGAGGCGUGGCCAACUACCAGAAGAUCAAGAAGUCGCACGAGGACUACGACAAGUUCGUGGACAUUGUAAAAAACAUCGUGGACACCCACAAGAGCACUCCGGAUAAAGUGGACACGUUCGGCGACUUCAUCAAAUCGUACAUGAAGCGCUGGCCGGAGCGGCUGCAGGACGAGGCCAUUAACCACAUCACCAACUACGUGAUCGUGAAGAACAUGGAGCACAGCAUGGUCAGCAGCCACAACCCCGAGGGGGUCAACAACCGACAAUAACAAUACAAGCAGGAGCCCAACAACUGAACGAGUUGUUGGACGACGCAGCUCCAGGAAUCAGGCCCAGAAGGCGAACGAAGUGAGACGGCAGGCGAGGAUUACUUAAGGUGGCGCGCAGUUACUUAACCGCAUCUGAGUUGCGGCCAAGUUCAUUGGACACACACACGGCAUACAGUAUUUUUUGUAUAGUUAAAAUAUACAUUGGAGUUUUAGUUCUUGACGAUCACACCCUCGAUACAGAGUUGACUUCGGUAAAGGGGGCCAGGAUCGAUCAAUCGUGCAUAGAGAUCCUAGGGAGUACAUUACAUUUAGACACCAUUUCCUACUGUUAGCUGUAAACUAUUAUACAUAAAUUAAUAAAUGCUUUAACGAUUAUUUACGAAUGGCA